AUAAUUGAAGAGAGAGGAACCAAAUUUGGAAAGCUAUUGUCUUUCUCCAAAAACUGCACGAUUGUUACAGGUACUAGGCAUAGAAACCACAUAAAGUGUUUGCCAAUUCAAAAACUCCCACGACUUGAAAUUUAUCAUCACUUCCUACUACUUUCACCCUCCAAUUAUCCUCACCACUAGAAUUAGUUGUGGAGGCUAUGCCUGUGCAUGUCUAGCUGAUAACUUUUAGCUCUUAUAUAAAACUUUCAACUCUUAUUCACAACUCAACCUCCAGCCUUGUCUGCAUUUUCUUUGCCACAAGAGUACUCACUCUUGUUCUUCUCUGCUCUCAACAUGGUUCUGGUUUCAACUCAUGGAGAGAAAGAUGGUGGAAGUGAUAGAACUGUGUAUGAUUUUCGAGGGAAUCUGGCUGACAAGUCCAAGACUGGGGGGUGGCUUGCUGCAGGGCUUGGCUUAGGAGUUGAACUCUCUGAGAGGAUAUGUGUUAUGGGAAUUUCAAUGAAUCUGGUGACUUACUUGGUCCAAUACUUGCAUAUUCCAUCAGCAAAGUCUGCAACAAUAGUCACCAACUUCAUGGGAACUCUCAAUCUCCUUGGCCUCCUUGGAGGUUUUUUAGCUGAUGCUAAGUUCGGCCGGUACCUCACUGUUGCAAUCUCAGCAACCAUAACUGCUAUUGGGGUUGUUAUGUUAACUCUGUCAACAAUCAUUCCCAGCAUGAGACCUCCUCAUUGUGAUGACUUCAGAAAUUUGCAUCACCAAUGUAUUGAGGCAGAUGGAAACCAACUUGCCUUGCUCUAUGCUGCGUUGUACACCAUAGCACUUGGUGGAGGUGGAAUAAAAUCAAACGUUUCUGGUUUCGGGUCAGAUCAGUUUGAUGUUUCAGACCCCAAGGAGGAGAAGGCCAUGGUUUUUUUCUUCAACAGAUUCUAUUUUGGGAUAAGUUUGGGAUCCUUGUUUGCUGUGAUUGUUCUGGUUUAUAUUCAAGAUAAUGUUGGAAGAGGGUGGGGCUAUGGGAUAUCAGCAGGGACAAUGAUAAUAGCGGUCAUUAUUUUGCUCUGUGGGACACCAUUUUAUCGUUUUAAGAAGCCUAAGGGUAGCCCUUUAACAGUCAUAUGGAGGGUCAUAUUAUUGGCCUGGAAGAAGAGGAACCAUCCUUACCCUUCUGAUCCAAGUCUCUUGAAUAAGUACUCAGAAGCUACGGUCCCAUUCACAGAGAAGUUAAAGUGUCUGGACAAAGCUGCAAUUGUAGACAAGGAGAAUUACAAUGCCAGUGAUGAAAACAAAAACAACCAUUGGAUAGUAUCCACUGUUACUGAAGUUGAGGAGGUCAAAAUGGUUCUUAAACUCAUCCCCAUAUGGUCAACUUGCAUCCUGUUUUGGACAAUCUACUCUCAAAUGACUACUUUCACAAUCGAGCAAGCUACCUUCAUGAAACGAAAUAUUGGGAGUUUUGUUAUCCCUUCAGGCUCUUUCUCUACUUUUCUCUUCAUAUCCAUUCUCCUCUUUACUUCCCUUAAUGAAAAACUAUUCGUCCCCCUUGUUCGGAGACUCACUCACAACCCCGUUGGAAUCACUAGCCUCCAGAGGGUUGGGAUUGGACUGGUCUUCUCAAUGGCAGCUAUGGUGGCCGCUGCAGUGAUUGAAAAACAACGGAGAGAACACGCGGUUCACAACGAAACCAUGAUCAGUGCUUUCUGGCUAGUCCCUCAGUUCUUUCUUGUAGGAGCUGGAGAAGCUUUUGCCUACGUCGGGCAACUGGAGUUUUUCAUCAGAGAAGCACCGGAGAAGAUGAAGUCCAUGAGCACAGGACUGUUCCUCAGUAGUCUCUCCAUGGGCUUCUUUGUCAGCAGUUUGUUGGUUUCACUAGUGGAUGAAGUUACCAAGAGAAGUUGGCUCAGGAGUAACUUGAACAAGGGAAUGUUAGAUAACUUCUAUUGGCUCCUGGCAGUUCUGGGAUUGAUCAAUUUUGGAGUUUUCCUAGUCUUUGCAUCGAGACAUCAAUACAAAGAUAUGCAUUUCAUUGGCCUCAAUGACAGCGGGGAAAAAGAGCUUAAGACCACAAAUGAUGUAACGGCAGAAAGGUUGGAAGAGAAAAUAACCAUAGAGGCAAUGGAGGGACCCUAAAAUAUCACUUCUGAAAUAUACUGUUAUAUGUUUGAUUGUUAAGCCAUUAAUCACUCGAGUUGUGGUAUUUUCUUAUCCCAGAGGAGAAAAUAACGAAAAAGAAAAAGAGCCACGUGGGAUGUUGUAUUUAUUCAUUCUUCUUGUUUUGUAUGCCUUACUUGUGUGAUUAAGUUACAAUGUGAUGUAAUGAGAGUAGUAAUUCAUAAAUUAUUAAUAUACAUGCUGCACUUAAGAUAA